AUGCUUCCAAAGUUGUUCUUCGUCAUUUCUACACUAAUUUCCUCCUUCAUUUUCACUACUCAUUCUUAUAAUACCCAAUGUCUUCACCAUCAGAAAAUCUUGUUGCUUCAACUCAAGGAUGAGUUGAGCUUCAAUUCUUCUCUUUCAACAAAAUUGGUGCGAUGGAAUGAAAGGGAUGAGUGCUGCAAGUGGCACGGUGUGGAAUGUGAUGUUGCUGGCUACGUCGUCAGUUUGCAGCUCGAUGAUGAGUCCAUUUCUGGUGGAAUCGCGGAUUCAUCGAGUCUCUUCAGACUUGAAUAUCUAGAGAAUCUUAACCUGGCCGACAAUAAUUUCAACGACACUCCCAUUCCGAAAGGUAUUCACAAUCUCACCUAUUUGACACACUUGAAUUUAUCCGAUGCUGAAUUUGGUGGGCAGGUUCCAGCUGAAAUUUCUUCCUUGAGGAGGUUGUUUGAUUAUAUGUUUGGAACGAAGAGGCUGCAGAUAGCUGUUCAAAACAUAAAAAUUGUUGAAGAGUUUGGUGGGUACAAUUAUGCAUCAACAGAUCUUGCUGCUCUGUGGUACCGACUGAACGAGGAAAAGGCUAAAUGGAUUAUAUAUGUUACUGAUGUUGGCCAAAGAGAGCACUUUGAAAUGCUUUUUGCUGCGGCCAAACGAGCCGGUUGGCUUCCAGCUGAUGGCAGUAAGUAUCCUAAAGCUAGUCAUGUCGGGUUUGGGCUUGUCCUUGGAGAAGAUGGAAAACGAUUCCGUACUCGCAGUACUGAAACUGUCAAACUGGUUGAUUUACUAAUUGAAGCCAAAAGUAGAUGCAAAACCGCUUUAAUUGAAAGAGGCAAAGAUAAAGAAUGGACUGAGGAGGAGCUUGAUAAAACUGCUGAUGCAGUUGGAUAUGGGGCUGUUAAAUAUGCUGAUCUGAAGAAUAACCGGACAACGAACUAUACAUUUAGUUUUGACCAGAUGCUCAAUGAUAAGGCUCAGCACUUUCUAAAAAAUCUAUACAAGGAGGUAGCACUUCGAUUGCAGGGAUGUGGAGUGCAAGGAAGAGCUUUUACUCUCAAGAUAAAGAAGAAGAAAAGUGAUGCAGGAGAACCAGUAAAGUACAUGGGCUGUGGGGACUGUGAGAAUCUCAGUAAAGUACAUGGGCUAUGGUAG